UUGUGGUGGUAAAUACCCGGCUGUAACAACACACACAACCGAUUGGAAAGGCCAAAAUUUUGCGUGUGAAUUACAGUCAGUGCCGCAGACGAUCAUGCGAUUGAUUACGCCUGAUAUCUAGUUAUAUUUUCACUGUUUGAUUCGGGUUUAUUUCAGUUCGUGUCAUCAUGUUGUAGAUCAGUGUGUGGCUAUAUUUGUCUGGAUUAGGGCUGUUUAACACCUUUAAACUCUUGGAAUUAGCGCUUUCACGUCGGAUCAUCAAUAGAUUAGUGUUGAUCUCGUCUCAGGCUUUUAAGGACACUGUUUGUGUGUGUUUUACAGGAGCUCGCCAGCUAACAACAAAAGCGCUAGCACAGCCGGCUAGUCAAACACUGGUGCCUUUAGCCAUUUGUAUUUUGAAAUCUCUCCGUGAUGGACGCCGGAAAGGAUUUAGCUGCGUUGCUAAUUAGAUAAAUGUGCAUUUGCACUCCGAUGUUCAUUAGUUGAAUCGAUGGGUUUGAUAUGAGUAGAUUAGAUUAGCGGUGUAGGUUGACAUUAGCAUUAGCCUGUUAGCAUCAGCGACUCCUUUGUUGAGAAGACUGAUUGUGGUUUCAGUCAUUUUGGUUUUUAUUGAGAGAAACUGCGUUUUAAUUCAAUCUUAAUUAUUAUUUUAUUGUUUAUAUCGUACUAUUGUUUAUCCAAGACGCUCGUUUGACUGCAACAACAGUGUUUUAUUAAGAUAGGAGCAGGAAACGAAAGGAAAUGUUGAACAGCUCCUGUCUCUGGUAAUACUCCCCUAUAGAAACAAACACAGAUAUUGUGUAUAAAUAACGAUACUGACGCUACAGAGUAGCACAUUUUAUCGUUUAAAGCUAUUAUGGCCUACACUUCGAGCUUAAACAAGGUCUGUUUGCUAUGGACUCAUCUACUCGUCAUAUUCAUGGGAAAUGCAGUUUCGUCGCAGCACAGCGAGAACGUAUAUGUAUCAGGCAUGUCAAACGCCUGUGGAGAUGUAGCGGAGCAGAUAAGGGCAUCCAGUGGAGUGAUAACCAGCCCUGGAUGGCCCUUUGAAUACCCUUCUCGCAUCAACUGCAGCUGGAACAUCAGAGCCAACCCUGGAGAAAUCAUCACCAUCAGUUUUCAGGACUUUGAAAUUCAGAGCUCGCACCGAUGUGGUUUAGACUGGAUCUCCAUUGGGACCUACAAGAACCUUGAUGGGUACCGAGCCUGUGGUUCGUCUAUUCCGGCCCCAUACAUCUCCUCUCAGGAUCACGUGUGGAUCAAGUUCCACUCUGAUGACAGCAUGACUGGAAAAGGCUUCAGGCUCUCUUACAUAACAGGGAAAUCAGAAGAAGCCAGCUGCAAGCCUGACCAAUUCCACUGCGCUAAUGGAAAGUGUAUCCCAGAGUCAUGGAAGUGCAACACCAUGGAUGAAUGUGGCGAUAACUCGGACGAGGAGCUGUGCGUACAGCCUAACCCCUCCGCGUUCUUCUCCUUUCAGCCUUGCGCCUUUAACCAGUUCCCUUGUCUCUCGCGCUACACUCGUGUUUACACCUGUCUGCCGGAGUCGCUCAAAUGCGACGGCAGCAUUGACUGUCAGGACUUGGGUGACGAGAUCGACUGCGACGUUCCCACCUGUGGCGAAUGGCUGCGCAAUUUCUACGGUACUUUCAGCUCGCCAAACUAUCCUGACUUUUAUCCGCCUGGUAGUAACUGCACCUGGCUGAUCGACACUGGUGACCACCGUAAGGUUAUCUUGCGCUUUAUGGACUUCAAGCUGGACGGUACAGGCUAUGGCGAUUAUGUUAAAGUCUACGACGGAUUAGAGGAAAACCCCAGGCGUCUGUUGCGUGUGUUGACAGCAUUCGACUCUCGAGCUCCUGUAGCGGUGGUGUCAUCUUCAGGACAGCUUCGAAUACACUUUUACGCCGACAAAAUCAAUGCGGCUCGAGGCUUUAAUGUUACGUAUCAAGUAGACGGUUUCUGCCUGCCGUGGGAAAUCCCGUGCGGAGGGAACUGGGGUUGCUACACUGAACAACAGCGCUGUGAUGGCUACUGGCAUUGUCCCAAUGGCAGGGAUGAGCUCAAUUGCAGCAACUGCCAGGAAGACGAGUUCCCAUGCUCUCGAAACGGUGCCUGCUACCCACGCUCUGACCGGUGCAACUACCAGAACCGCUGCCCGAACGGCUCUGAUGAAAAGAACUGCUUUUUCUGCCAACCUGGAAACUUCCACUGCAAGAACAACCGCUGUGUUUUUGAAAGCUGGGUGUGUGACGCGCAAGACGACUGCGGGGACGGAAGCGACGAGGAGAGCUGCCCGGUAAUCGUACCCACACGAGUCAUCACUGCCGCUGUAAUUGGGAGUCUGAUUUGCGGUCUGCUGCUGGUCAUUGCUCUGGGCUGCACAUGCAAACUCUACUCACUCAGGAUGUUUGAGCGCAGGUCAUUUGAGACUCAGCUCUCUAGAGUGGAAGCUGAGUUACUGAGAAGAGAAGCUCCUCCAUCAUAUGGGCAGCUGAUUGCUCAAGGACUGAUCCCCCCAGUGGAAGAUUUUCCUGUCUGCUCUGGAAACCAGGCAUCUGUUUUAGAAAACCUAAGACUGGCAGUUCGCUCUCAGCUGGGGUUCACCUCAAUCCGACUCCCCACCACAGGGCGGCACGGCAACAUCUGGAGACGCCUGUUCAAUUUCACACGUUCACGGCGCUCUGGUUCUCUCGCACUGGUGUCUGCCGACACCGAAGAGGGUCCUGAUGGCAACUCCUCAGCACGUGAGCCUGAGAGGCUCGGCUCUCACCGUGGACUCUUGCCCUUGGACUCCGACGAUACGGACACUGAAAGCGAGCAGCAUCCCCGCCGGGAUGUCCCAGGAGCUGUCGGAGGCCUAAUGGCACCACUUCCACAGAAAACUCCCCCUACAACAGCCGUGGAAGCCAUUGUCUCAGUGUCGGCCAGCUCGGCUCCGCUGGUCAACCGGGAGAGCAGCAUCUCUGAGAGCAUCUCAGAAAGUUCUGGAGUAACUGGAUCUUCAUGUGCUACUACUACUACUACUUCUACUACUUCAAGGAGCCCCUUCAGCAGCGCUCUAAGCCGGGUCACCCGCAGCCUGCGCUGGAUUCGUUUCUCUCUUGGGCGCUCUGGAGAUGGAGGGUCAAAUGGCAUUGGCCAGAAUCACAGCCCUCUGCGGCAACUGGAGCAAGGAAGUGCGGGUUGCACUGGUGUCGGCAUUAGAGGCGAGGAUGAGGACGACGUCGAACUCCUCAUUCCCGUCUCGGACGCCGGCUCCCUGGACAGUGAUGAGAGCUCCAGGCCCCUGCUGGAACAAGGCCUAGAGCAAGCCUUCGGGCCCCACCUGACCCCCACUGCCGUCUCUCUCAGAGGCCGGCUGGUGGGUAGGGACGGCCCCUGUGAACACUGUGGAAUUGUCCAUACGGCGCGGAUCCCGGACGCUUGUCUGGAGGCGACGGCAAAAACUGAAACUAGUGAUGACGAGUCGCUGCUGCUCUGUUAAGACUUACAGGAACUCCCUGACUCGGUACAUGACCCAUAUGACUCUAAAAUACCCCUGCUCACAGCUUGCCAUUUUUGUUAUCGCCCCCUAGUGGAGCGGAGGUUGAAUGUCUUUAGACACGUGUCCUCUUCAGAGCUUCAGAAAUCAGGUACUUUUAAAGACCACACAGAGUACGAGAGCUCCCCGAUCCCGCUGUCCCUUCCACUGUGCAAUAUUAGUAUUCGUUGAGAUGUUUACCAGGUCAAAGUCUAUUUUUCUGAAGAGUCAAAUUAAGCUCACGUAGAGUAGAAAGUGAGCCGCUCUGCAGUUCUCAGUAUGGGAAAGCAGCACAAACAGACGCGUCUAUCCUGGACAGUGGGGGCAACGAAAGACUGAAAGUGCUCUGAGAGAUUUGUUACCUAACCUUUAAUUUAUUUGUACUUUUGAUGUCAGACAUUUGCUUUAUUAAAGGAAUGGUUGACCCAAAAAUGAAACAUCUACUCGCCCUCAUGUUGUUCCAGAUGUGCUUGGUUUUGUAGAGCUAUUGUGAAUUGUAUCCUACACUGUAAAAAACAAUUUGUUCAGUCAACUUAAAAUUUUAAAGGCAGUCAGGUAACAAAUUAUUUUAAGUUCAGUCAACUCAAAGCUUGGUCAUCUUGAAAUGUUAAGUUGUGCUAAGGGACAACUUACAUAUUUGAGUUGAUUCAACUUAAAAUUUUAAGGCAGCUGGGUAACAAGCCCAGCUUUUAAGUUUAACAAACCAAAAUUUUAGUUAAGUCAACUCAAAUAUCUAAGUUGUGACUACAACUUAACAUUUCAAGUUGACUAAACUUAGAGUUGACUGAACUUUUUUUUUUUUUUUUUUUUUUUUUUUUUUAUAGUGUAGCAGCUCUUUUCUAUACAGUGAAAGUGAAUAGGGACAAAACUGACAAGCAUCAAAAAUGAUAAAGCUCUCCAAAGGUGUUAUGUCGUCCAUAUGACUCUAUAUUCUGUUAUAUAAGCUUUGUUUUGAGGAUUUCAAUGUGGUUUUGAAAAUUUCACCUUUACAGUAGGUCUCAUAUCUUUAAUGCACAUGUGGCAUAUUAAGGUACGUUGAUUUGGGAUCAGAUGUAUUUAACGAUUAACAACAGUCAUCCAAAGGUCAUAUGGGCUUAUUUCAGGGUGGUUUUUGUUUUGUUUUUUUUCCCCCCUAUGUAGUUUCACUGUAUGGAAAAGAGCAGCUUGGACAUUCUGCAAAAUUGCUCAGAGUUUUAGGGUAAAAAAAAUAUACCCCUAAAUUAGUGAUUUUUAUAUUUCAUAUGAUGAAGUCAUAAAGGAUUGGAACAACAUUGAGUAAACGACACACAAUUUUCAUUUUGGGUGAAAUUAUUCUGCUUGCAAAAAAGUGGGAGAUCAAAGAAAAUUUGGUACGUUUGUUCAUUUCGUGAGUUUGUGUCCCUGCUGCAGUGGUACUAGGUGCGUUACCUGCGAUUUAUGAGCGAGGGACGUUUAUUUAUAACGGAUUAUUAUCUGAGAGGGAGCUACUAUUUUUAAAGGAUGUUGCAUUGUAUAACAGCCACUUUUGUUUGUUGUAUUUAUUUUUGUUACCGUUAACCUUUUGGUAACCUUACUGUUUUGGUACUGAGAAUUCUUGUGUGAGUGUGUAUAUUUAUUGAUUUUCAUUUCAAUAGCGUUUACUUGAAAAGCAUGUCCGGCUGUCUUGUGCUUUUUUUUUUUUUUUCCAUUUCAUGAUGCGGUGUUAAUAUAUAUCUAUAUAAUUAUAUACACACACAUACACAAACAUGCGAAAGAUAUAAAUAAUAUAUAUAUAUAUAUAUAUAUAUAUAAAGAGAAAAAGAGAAAAUGUUUACUGCACUAAGAGAAUAAAAGUGUUCAUCCCA